ACACACCAGAAGAGAACACUGGGAGUUUAAAAGACCAGGAUGACACAACAACAUCUUUGACCAGAGAGGCCUUCCUGGGAAGAUGAAGCCACUCCUGCUCCUGUUGGUCUUUCUUCUGUGCCCAAGGACAGAGGCAGGGAACAUCAUCGGGGGCCAGGAAGCUGUGCCUCAUUCCCAUCCCUACAUGGCAUUUCUUCGGAUCAAGACUCAAACUACAACAGAACGAUGUGGGGGUUUCCUUGUGCGUGAGGACUUUGUCCUGACAGCAGCCCACUGCUGGGGAAGGAACAGAACCAUCACUGUCAUCCUGGGGGCCCAUGACAUCGAUGAGCAAGAGGCGACCCAGCAGGUCAUCCCUAUAAGAAGAGCCAUCCCCCAUCCAAAUUUUAAAAAAAAGCCAUUCAAUGACAUCAUGUUACUUCAGGUGAGGCAUGCCAUUCCACUGGGUCUUACACAGGUUAAUCCUAGAGGGUUAAAUCCUCAUGGCCUUGUUUCCAUUCCUCCUUGUUAA